GCCGCGGCUUCUCGCCGAGCCCGAUGGGGUUUUCUUAUCGCCUUGUGCUCAUCGCGACGCCAUCUCCUCCUCCUCGUUUCGCCUUCGAUAGCUCAUCCUUUAGUGGGGAAGCAAUUUGGCGACGGAUGAUGCAUUCUGCCACAACCCCCUCGCGAGCUCCGAUCAUAAGAACACGUGCCAGUAGGGAGUAUGCAUGGAUUCCCGGUAAACUGCCUUUUCCCAAUUUUGUGAAGUUGCGAAGAAUUAUGACGAAAAGUAGUCCCCUUUCUGCAAAGUUUGGUUUGAGUCUCAGAAACGAAGCGACGGGAAGAGUGGAACACACGGUGGGUGACAAUGAUGCUGUGAUCAUUGUGGACCAUGGAUCUCGACGGCAAGAAUCUAAUCUCAUGCUAAAUGAGUUCGUUGCAAUGUUCAAAGCUAGAACUGGUUAUCACAUAGUGGAGCCUGCUCAUAUGGAAUUGGCUGAACCAUCAAUCAGGGAUGCAUUUAAGUUAUGUGUGCAAGAAGGAGCAAAGCGUGUUAUUGUCAGUCCAUUUUUUCUUUUCCCAGGACGACAUUGGCAGCAGGACAUCCCUUCUUUAGUAGCUGACGCAUCCAAAGAACACUCAGGCAUAUCCUAUGUCAUAACAGCACCUCUUGGGCUACAUGGACUUUUGGUGGAUGUGGUGAACGAUCGAAUAAAUCACUGUUUGAGCCACGUAGCUGGCGAUGCAGAUGAGUGUACUGCAUGUGCUGGAACAGGAAAAUGUCGUCUAUACCAACCAUGACAUAUGCAUUUUGCAACCAGUUAAAAAGCCGUUGCUUUGGAUUCAAUUGGUUUUCCAAAGCCUGCAAUUUGCUUUUUCUUGACGCAUGUAAAUGAUAAUAUUUAUGUCAUCAAUCUGUUUAGAUAUCGAUACGAUACGUGUUCUACAUUACUCAUUAUUCAUCAAUCUGUUUAGUUUGAUACGA